ACACACACACACACACAGCUACACGAGCACUCGCUGCGGCGCGCGCUGGGGGACGCGCACACACGGACACACCUCCCGCCGCACGGUACACACACACACACACACACACAGCUACACGAGCACUCGCUGCGGCGCGCGCUGGGGGACGCGCACACACGGACACACCUCCCGCCGCACGGUACACACACACACACACACACACAGCUACACGAGCACUCGCUGCGGCGCGCGCUGGGGGACGCGCACACACGGACACACCUCCCGCCGCACGGUACACACACACACACACACACACAGCUACACGAGCACUCGCUGCGGCGCGCGCUGGGGGACGCGCACACACGGACACACCUCCCGCCGCACGGUACACACACACACACACACACACAGCUACACGAGCACUCGCUGCGGCGCGCGCUGGGGGACGCGCACACACGGACACACCUCCCGCCGCACGGUGACCCAAACAGUCUCGAGAUCAUGGCCCUGGAUGUUAGAGCGAGUGGAAACAACGGUCUGCUUCUACUCAUCGCCAUUGUCAAUGUUGCUCGCUCACCAGAAAUGAGAUAUGGCAUUGCGCACGUGUGCGUGGAGGACGCCGGCGCGCCCCGCGUGUCGUGGCUGGUGCUGGCGCGCGGCGUGGCGCCCGGGGCCCCGCUGGCGCCCGCGGCCCCGCUGGCGUCCGCGGCGGCGCCCGAGGAGACGCGGGCCCCCGACGAGGCGCCCCGCUUCCUGCCCCUGCCGCAGCGCGCCAUGCUCUACACCUCCAAGUACAUCGCGCUCGUCUCCACUACAAUGUCGAACGAUAAAGUGGAUUACAUAGACGUAGCGUCAGAAGGUGACAAGUUGUUAGGAGCCGAGCUGUGCGACGGAGUACCGCUACUGUUCAGUCUGAAACAUGGCGUGUUGGCACUCAGCCAGCCCGACGCCAUGCACUCUACCCCGUCCAUGUGCGAGAGUCCGAUGGGGUCGCCGUGUCCGUCCGACAUGUACGACGGCAACCUGUCGCUGUACGAGAUCGACCCGCACGAGGUGAGCGGGGGCGCGGGCGGGCGCGGCGGCGCGUGCCUGGGCAGCUCGGCGGCGCUGCAGCUGGACGCGCAGCUGCGCGACAAGCAGCGCGCCUUCGGCCUGUUCUGCGACUUCCUGCGCGCCGCCGGCCUGUGGCAGCGCCUGGGGCUCGUCACCGCCGAGUCUGGAAGUGUCGUCAGUACAGAGAAUGCUCUGGGCGAGCUGGCCGACCUGCUGAGCAUGGCUAUCGCCCUGAGGAAGCUGCAGCAGGGACCGGACGCGCAGCUCGUGGACGCGGCCAUCAACCAGGUGAGCGCCGCGGUACUGCGCUGUGAAGUAGUCCGUCUCAAUGGUACAACCUGCAUAACAAUAUGA